AUGUUAGAGGCUCUGAGACAGCCUGAAGUCAAGACACAAGCUCUGGGCCUCCAGAAACAUCUGACUUUGCUCCUUCUGUCUCUCUUGGAAGCACUGAACAAGAAAUCCAGAAAGAUCAGCAGAAAAGAGGCAGAAAAGAAGAAGAGAUCUUCCAAGAAAAACGCUUCGAUGAAGAAGGUGGCGCGGCCGCGGCCCCUGCCGCCCGCCCCCUGCGUGGCCACCCGCGACAGCUGCAAGCCGCCGGCGCCCGCCUGCUGCGACCCGUGCGCCUCGUGCCACUGCCGCUUCUCCCGCAGCGCCUGCUCCUGCCGCGUGCUCAACCCCGCCUGCUGAGCCCGCCCGCCUCCCGGCCGCCGGCGGGGCUCCCUGGGGACCCUCGGGGCCCUUCCGGGGCGGCUGAUCUCUAGUAGGUGAGGCUUCCUAGGACUGGGCGCGGGCGCGGCUCCCGAGGCUGGCGCGCAGCUUUCGGGAGCCGGGACUUCAAGCAGAAUUGGCUUGGGUUGGACUAAAAUCCAAAUAUAUGUAGGCUGCUCCAAGGUGUGUGGCUGUUUCUUUAAAGGGCAGGAAAGCUUGCUUUUCCUUCGCCGAGUCCCCUUCGCCGCCCAAGUCCCGCCGACUGCGCACGCGCUGUCUCCUGGGCCUGGAGAAACCCGGUUACCCAGCCCUAGGGCUGCGCUCCUGGUAAACUCUGCUCUGGUUCCGGGCACUGGAGACAAUGCUGCCCCCUACCUUUAAACCUCGGAACACCCGAAACUGCCUCCA